ACCAUUUCUCACUCUAAAUUUACUAGUCAAUAUUCCGAAGCCCUUUUUAUCUGUGUCAGAUUUCCUGUCCAGAAAACCCUAACCAGAAAACCCUAAUUCACCGUUAUCGACCCGAGUGAAGCCCCGACGAAUUCGAUGGCGACAAACGGGCUGAACCUGGAGUGCCGGAUGUACGAGGCCAAGUACCCGGAGGUGGACCAUGCGGUGAUGAUACAGGUCAAGAGCAUGGCGGACAGCGGCGCGUACGUUUCACUCCUGGAGUACAACAAUAUCGAGGGCAUGAUUCUAUUCUCUGAGCUCUCCCGCCGCCGUAUUCGGAGCAUAAGCAGCCUCAUCAAGGUCGGCCGCAUCGAGCCAGUGAUGGUACUCCGUGUUGAUAAAGAGAAGGGUUACAUCGAUCUUAGCAAAAGGCGUGUCUCCGAGGAGGAUAUUCAGGGCUGCGAGGAAAGGUUCAAUAAGAGUAAGCUGGUUCAUUCGAUUAUGCGACAUGUUGCUGAAACCAUGUCGGUUGAUCUUGAGGAUCUCUAUAUCCAUGUUGGCUGGCCGUUAUACAGGAAGUACGGCCAUGCAUUUGAGGCUUUUAAAUUAAUUGUUAAUGAUCCCGAUUCGGUGCUAGAUACCCUCACCCGUGAAAUCAAAGAAGUUGGCCCUGAUGGACAGGAGGUGAAGAAGGUGGCUCCUGCUAUCUCGGAUGAAGUAAAGGAUGCUCUAGUGAAAAACAUUAGGAGAAGAAUGACGCCUCAACCUUUGAAGAUACGUGCAGAUAUUGAAAUGAAAUGUUUUCAGUUCGAUGGUGUUUUGCAUAUAAAGGAAGCCAUGCGUAAAGCUGAAGCUGCUGGCAACAAGGAUUGCCCUGUUAAGAUUAAACUUGUUGCUCCUCCGGCAUAUGUCCUUAACACACAAACUCUUGACAAGGAGCAAGGUAUUGCAAUCCUCAACAAGGCAAUUGAAGCAUGCACUGAAGAAAUCGAACGUCAUAAAGGAAAACUUACAAUCAAGGAGGCAGCAAGAGCGGUGAGUGAAAGAGAAGAUAAAUUACUUGCUGAACAAAUGGCUAAGCUAAGUCGUGAAAACGAGGAAGUCAGUGGCGAUGAAGGCAGUGAAGAGGAAGAGGAUACUGGAAUGGGAGAGGUUGAUCUGGAGAACUCCGGAACUGGUAUAACAGAAUGAAUAUUUUCAGUUUGAGAAUCUUGAUCGACAUUUUUGUUUGUUUUUUCUUCACACCCAUCUUCGAAACUAGAUACAGUCGUCGUGUGUAACUGAUAUUAAAAUGUGAUUCUUGGAGUAGUGUUCAUUUUCUUUUUUUCAAAAUGCUCUCAAUUUUGGCAAAGACAUUCAUACUAUUCAAUCUUUUAAUCAUGGAUAUUGGGGUCACUCUCGGUUAAAUUCAAGAUUAUGUUCUGGUUUA